AUGGCACCUACGACUCAAAUCGACCUUUUCCGGGGAUGGCCCGCAACGGCCAUGCUUCCAGUGGAACGUCUCAAACAAGCAGCCAACAAUGCCCUAUCUAACAAAGCCAUAUUCACCGAAGGAUUUGCUUAUGGCCCGGACGAAGGCUAUUUCCCUCUAAGAAAGAAUAUAGCAGAGUGGCUAUCCCAAUCCUAUGCACCUGCACAGCCCGUCAGUGCAGAGCGGAUAUCUAUUACUGGCGGUGCCAGCCAGAAUCUAGCAUGUGCAUUGCAGGUAUUCACAGACCCAGCACAGACAGAAAUCAUAUGGCUCGUGGAGCCAACAUAUCAUCUUGUUUUUCGGGUAUUCGAGGAUGCUGGGUUCAGUGGCAGGAUGCGAGGGAUACCCGAGGACGGGGAGGGGAUGGAUGUUGCUGCACUUGAACUUGCUUUGGAAGCAUUUGAUCGUGGAGAUAUAGGCUAUCAAGAUGGUCAGGAGAAGACAUACAAGCCCGGCAGGCCGUAUAGAAAGAUAUACAAGCAUGUUAUAUAUUGUGUUCCGAGUUUUUCUAAUCCAUCGGGCACAACAAUGUCUUGUUCGCGGCGCGAGGCACUUGUUAGAGUGGCGCGGAGGUACAAUGCUCUCGUUAUCGCUGAUGAUGUGUAUGAUUUUCUCGGUUGGGGUGCGACACAUUCCGCCAACACAAUCUCGCAUCCUCCGCUGCGUCUGGUGGAUAUAGAUCGGGUGAUCGAUGGUGGACCAAAAGAUCGAUUUGGCAAUGUCGUGAGCAAUGGAUCAUUCAGCAAGCUUAUUGGUCCGGGGUGUCGAGUUGGAUGGGCUGAAGGGACCAAAGACUUCAUAUAUGGUCUUUCUCAAGCUGGUUCUACACGCUCUGGUGGUGCUCCUUCACAACUAACGUCAACUUUCAUCAAUGAGCUGCUUGAGAAUAACUUCUUGCCUGAAUAUAUUACGAAUACGCUAGUCCCCGAAGGACAAAGAAGGCAUUGCGUUCUGGCAUCAGCAAUCAAAACACAUCUGAGUCAUUUUGGCGUAUCAUUUACUCCUGAUCCUGAGACCAGUCCAAUCGCAGGGGGAUACUACAUCUGGGUUCAGCUCCCGGCCGCAUUGACCGCGACGCAGGUGUGUCGGGAGGCUCUAGAGAUGCAAAAUUUGGUGCUGAGUGGAGGUGAGAUGUUUGCAGUCCCAGGGGGGAAUGCUCCAGGGGAAGAUUUGCAUCGCAGACUGAGACUUUGUUUCAUGUGGGAGGAUGAAGGGCGGUUAGUUGAGGGGGUGGAGAGACUAGGGCUUGUCAUUCAGAGUAUACUUACAAACAAGAAACAGAAACAAUAA